AUGGAAGCUUGGGAAGAACUUGAUAUUGAUGAAAGUGAUCUUGAUAGUUUUAUUCGCCGUUGCAAUUCCAAUAACAAUGUCAUUCCGGGCCCUGCUGGUGUCAUUGAGGCAGCCAUGAUUAACCGCCAAGUGAAUGAAAACAUUUCGACACAAGUCUUUUUGAGUGACAUUGCAAAAGCCAGUUUUGAACGAUUAUUGCUUAAACAUGAGGUUGAGCAUAUCUCAACCCUUGAUUCCUUGAAAGGAACUUGUAAGGUGUCCUUGUUGCGAUGUCUUGUUAAAGCCACUGAACAUAACGGACUGGGUGACAUGAAAAUAACAAUUCGGGAUCCAACAGGGACUGUAAAAGCAAGUGUUCACCACAAGGCCAUUGAUCAUCCUGAAAUAGGUCCACACUUAAAAGUUGGAAGUGUGAUAAUCCUACAAGAUGUUGCAAUAUUUUCACCAAUACGCGGAACAUACUAUCUUAACAUAACUCUUAGGAAUAUUGUUAAGGUUUUUCCAAGUGAUAUUGGCUGCCCAACUGAUGACCUAGUACGUCUAACAGUACCAAUUGUUAUGAACAACCCGCCAACACGUUCCGUUGAUCAUAUCCUUAGCAAAUUGAUUCCACCUGUUCACAAUGACAAACCUGAACGCAGUGGAUCUAACAACAACAAUUAA